AUCAAUACAUUUAAAUGACAAUACAUCUUUUUGCGCACGGAUGUUUUUUUAAUUUAUUAUUACACAUUUACACUGUACAUAACAUGACAUGGCAUGAAAAAUCCAUCCUUUUUUUUUAUUUUUCUCCCGCGUUAUUUACUUUUUUCAAUUUUUCAAUUUCCCCCACAUUUAUUUUCGCUUUAUUUAGUUUUUUCUUUACGUCCAAAAAUAAAUAAAUAAAUAAUAAAAAAAUGAAAAAAAGAAUAAAAAUAACAAAAAAAAAUAAAAAUAAAAAUAAAAACUAAUAAAAACUAAUAAAUAAAAUAAAUAAAUAAAUAAAUAAAUUUAUAAAUAAAAA